GGGAGGAGGGAGGGGAGCUGGCAGCUCCCGCUCGGCUCGGCCAGCCUCGCGCACCCCCGCCUCGCUGCUCCGCUUCGUGCCCCCACCCGGGCAUGCGCCCCCCGAGCCCCCGGCAACCCCGAGCCCACGCCGACCCCCGCAGCCCCCCUAGAACCGGCCCCGCAGCAUGGGCGCCCUGGACCCCGCGGCGCCGCCGCUGCUGCUACUGCUGCUGAUGCUGGGAGUUGGGUGCUGGGCCCGGGAGGUGCUGGUCCCUGAGGGGCCCUUAUACCGUGUGGCUGGCACUGCCGUCUCCAUCUCCUGCAAUGUCACCGGCUAUGAUGGCCCAGCCCAGCAGGACUUCGAGUGGUUCCUCUACAGACCUGAGGCCCCAGAGGCUGCGCUGGGCAUCGUCAGCACUAGGGAUGCCCGAUUCUCCUAUGCGGUCUUUGGACCCCGCGUGGCAUCCGGGGAGGUGCAAGUACAGCGUGUGCAGGGCGAUGCAGUGGUGCUCAGGAUCGCCCGCCUGCAGGCCCAGGAUGCCGGCAUUUAUGAGUGCUACACCCCCUCCACUGAUGCCCACUACCUGGGCAGCUACAGUGGCAAGGUGGAGUUGAGAGUUCUUCCAGACUUGCUGCAGGUGGCGGCCACUCCCCCAGGGCCCCGAGGCCGCCAGGCCCCAACAUCACCCCCUCGCCUGACGGUACAUGAGGGGCAGGAGCUGGCUCUUGGCUGCCUGGCACGGACAAGCACACAGCAGCACACACACCUGGCUGUGUCCUUUGGGCGGGCAGUGCCUGAGGCACCUGUGGGACGACCCACGCUGCAGGAAGUAGUGGGACUCCGGCCCAACCUGGCCGUGGAGGCUGGUGCUCCCUAUGCUGAGCGAUUGGCUGCUGGGGAGCUCAGGCUGAGCAAGGAGGGGACUGAGCGCUACCGCAUGGUGGUGGGGGGUGCCCAGGCUGAUGACGCAGGCACCUACCAUUGCACAGCAGCUGAGUGGAUCCAGGACCCUGAUGGUAGCUGGGCCCAGAUCGCUGAGAAGAGGGCUGUCCUGGCCCACGUGGAUGUACAGACGCUAUCCAGCCAGCUGGCGGUGGCAGUGGGCCCCGGGGAGCGACGCAUCGGCCCCGGGGAGCCACUGGAACUGCUGUGCAACGUGUCAGGGGCGCUGCCCCCACAGGGCCGUCAUGCUGCCUACUCUGUGGGCUGGGAGAUGGCCCCUGCAGGAGCACAUGGGCCUGGCCGCCUGGUAGCCCAGCUGGACACGGAGGGCGUGGGGAGCCUGGGCCCUGGCUACGAGGGCCGGCACAUUGCCAUGGAGAAGGUGGCAUCCAGGACCUACCGGCUGCGGCUGGAGGCUGCCAGGCCCGGUGAUGCGGGUACCUACCGUUGCCUCGCCAAGGCCUACGUUCGAGGAACUGGGGCCCGACUUCGGGAGGCUGCCAGUGCCCGCUCCCGGCCCCUCCCUGUGCACGUGCGGGAGGAAGGUGUGGUGCUAGAGGCUGUGGCGUGGCUCUCUGGAGGGACUGUGUACCGAGGGGAAACAGCCUCCCUGCUCUGCAACAUCUCAGUGCGGGGUGGCCCCCCUGGGCUGCGACUGGCUGCCAGCUGGUGGGUGGAGCGGCCAGAAGAGGGGGAGCUGAGCUUGGCCCCUGCCCAGCUGGUAGGGGGUGUGGGCCAGGAUGGAGUGGCAGAGCUGGGGGUCCGGCCUGGAGGAGGCCCAGUCAGCGUGGAGCUGGUGGGGCCAAGAUGCCAUCGGCUGAGGCUGCACAGCUUGGGACCUGAGGACGAGGGCGUGUACCACUGUGCCCCCAGUGCCUGGGUGCAGCAUGCGGACUACAGUUGGUACCAGGCAGGCAGCACACGCUCGGGACCUGUCACCAUCUAUCCCUACACUCAUGCCCUGGACACCCUGUUGCUGCCCCUGCUGGUGGGUACAGGGGUAGCCCUAGUCACUGGCGCCACUGUCCUGGGCACCAUCACCUGCUGCUUCAUGAAGAGGCUGCGGAAGCGGUGAUCCCUCACUCUUCAGUUCUGCAGGUGUUGACUGUCUCCCGGUACGCUCCCACCACCUCUGGUUGCCUGGAUACUCUCCCCCCCCAACCUUGCCCUUUAAUUUAUUUGACCAACCCUGACCCAGGGGGAUCCUGGCCCUCUCCCCACUUCUUCCUUCCCCACUUCCUUCCCCUGGCCUUCUGUUCUUGGUCUCGUAACCUGCCCGCAGGCAGGCCAUUCCCUUUCCCAGAAAUAGUUUUUCUAAAAUGUGAAUAAAUUUGUUUUCUAAA